AAAAAAAUUAAUUGGCAGAGCAAAACACUAACUGAUUCCUGCAUGUGACUACAACUACAAGUUUAAGCGUCCUUGUUGCUGUGAACCAAAAUCAAACAAGAUAAAUGAGGAGAGUUUUUUCAAAAGGAGGUUUCAUUAUUUCUUUCUAGAGAAGAAAAUAUGUUUGAUAGUUUUGGACUCAUUUGCAUGAUUUGGUGGUGUGUGAUGCUUUUUCAUCCUUUGCACGCUGACAUCCAGUGUAUGGAGUCAGAAGCACAAAAAUCACCUAUUAAAAAUGUGAAUGUGGACUGGAGAAAAAUGGAACUGUCCUGGGAGAGCAGCAAGAAUUUUUCUAUGUAUAAAUGUACCAUCAUGAACUGGGACAUGGAAAGCAUGGAGACAGAGGUGAAUAGUCCACUAUGGAGGUUUCCAGAAGAACUGUACAUGCCUCUGCACAAAGGGGUAUUCUUUAUCAUUGAAGUGCCAAACACAAACAUCUCAAAAAAAUGCACCUUUUUUCCUGGAGACUUGGCAGAGGAAACACCAAUGGCGACCCUCAAAAUACAAGGCAGGACACACAAAAUUUGUUGCUUUUGGUGUUCCUCCCCCACUGGCCCUACCUUCCAAAGCAUUCGGGCUCCUCAGAGGAUUCCCCCGUGCUUCCACAAGGGUGCCCUAGACAAUGGGCACUGGAGGAGGUUGGAGUCAGUAGCAGAGGAAGCCUCCACCCUUUCACUGAAUUUGGGGCAUACCACAGAAAGAAGCAGAAAACUGGUUGAAGGAGAAGAGAGAAGGAGGCUGAGCAUGCUCACACAGCCUGGCCACAAGCGAACUUCCAAAGAAACAUUCCCACUUCAACGCAUGAAUGAGUCAGCCAUUGAAAAUUUCUCUUGUGUGAUUUAUAACAUUUGCCUCAUGAACUGCACUUGGCAGGCAGGAAGGGGUGCUCCAGCAGAUACACAGUAUUUUCUCUACUGGCAGAACUCAAGAGAUGAUGGGGAGGUGGAAUGUGAGCUUUACAUUAAAGAUGAAAACGGCAGAAACAUGGGAUGUAGAUUCCAAAAUGUGAAGAUAAUUGGAAAAGCUUACUUCAUGGUGAAUGGAUCUAGCAAAGACUCCCUGAUCCAGUUCUAUGAUGAGUACAUUGACCUGUAUAAAAUUGAAAUACUCGCUGCUCCAUUAAAUGUCACUGUCCAUUGUACUGGAGAUCCAGCGGGUUGCACAAUUACAUGGCAUCCACCCCUUACAAGUCACGUGAAAAAAGUAAAGUGUUUUCAGUAUGAAAUUAACAUACAAAAUAAGGAUGACCCCAAAGAAGAGAAAAUGGUUGUAAGGAAUGAUAGAUACAAAUUCCAAAAUUAUAAUGAGAAAAACCGAUACAUUCUGAAAAUCAGAGCACGUGGAACAAAAUGUCUCGUAAGCUCAAAGUGGGGGGAAUGGAGUGAACCCAUUGAGUUUGGUCAAGGGAAAGAUUACUUUAUUUUUGUGAUUUUAUUUCUAAUAGCACUUGGAACAAUAUCAGUGACAGUGCUCCUGUAUUGUCUUUUCAAAAGGUAAAUCAACCUUUUUUUCUGUAGAUACUAUUGAUAGAGUAUUAUCUCUACGAAACACGUUCCUUCAAUCUCCUACUUUCCUACCUGCAAACUUAAAUAAUCUGAUUAUCAGUGUCAAAAUGUAUUAUCGCCAGUAUUGUUGUGGAUGGUCCUUUGGCACACAAAAUCACUACAAGUGAAAAAUGGGGAAAGGAUAUUGAAGUUACUAAGUGGAUCCUGGAUUCUACCAGAUCCUACAAAAGCUAUUGUGUUCUUAUUUUUA